AGCUGCAUGCUCAGGCCGUGUAUCACAAACCCAGCACAGGAUAAAAGGGCGCCUGCCCCAGGUUCCUCACCCACAGCCUCCUCAGGAACAGCCUUCUCCUGCCUCCUCUGCAUCGGCUCACUCACCUCCCACCGAGAUGUCCUCCCAGCAGCACCAGCAGCAGUGCCAGCCCCCUCCCAAGUGCCCCUCGCCCAAGUGCCCCCCAAAGAGCCCCGCACAGUGUUUACCUCCAGCCUCCUCGGGCUGUGCUCCAAGCUCCGAGGGCGGCUGCUGCCUGAGCCACCACGGGCGCCGCAGGUCCCACCGAUGCCGGCGCCGGAGCUCCAACUCCUGUGACCGUGGCAGUGGUCAGCAGUCUGGGGGCUCAGGCUGUGGCCAGGGCUCUGGGGGCUGCUGCUGACCUGGGUUCCUGAUUCUGAAAUGAGCAACUCUAGAGGAAACAAGAAUCCAAAGAGCCAAGGAAAAGCCUCAGCUUGAGGCAGCCUUUCUCAGACACCCUAAUCUCCCUUUCUUGGGCUGAGCAGCUGUGAUGUUCACAGGGGCGGGGUGAAUUCUCCCCAGAAGGCUCCACACAUGUAUUUCUAAGGGUCUGUGGGCUCCCCCUCCUCUGUGCCUCACAGUGUUAUCACCUGUGUCUGAUCAUUUAGAGAAAUAAAGUCUUGUCUCACACCA